CAGGAUUUGCCUCAAAGGGUACCCCAGAAACUGAGCAGAGAAAUCUCAGACAAGCUUCCUGAAUUUUCCUGUAUCAUCGUGUUCUGCACUGCGUGAGGAACCGGACAUAUCUACUAGGUGGUUUCCGGUUCCCACCAGCUGUGGAUGCCUUUGCCAUUAUGACCGCAGAGGAUUCCACUGCAGCCAUGAACAGCGACCCAGCCACAGCCGCUGCCGCAGCCGGGUCCUCAGCCAAAGUGCCUGAGGGCGUGGCAGGUGCCCCCAAUGAGGCGGCGCUGCUGGCGCUACUGGAGCGCACCGGCUACAGCAUGGCGCAGGAGAACGGACAGCGGAAGUAUGGCGGGCCGCCGCCAGGCUGGGACGGGCCGCACCCGCAGCGCGGCUGCGAGGUCUUCGUGGGCAAGAUCCCGCGUGAUGUCUACGAGGAUGAGCUGGUGCCCGUGUUCGAGGCAGUGGGUCGCAUCUACGAGUUGCGCCUCAUGAUGGACUUCGACGGCAAGAACCGCGGCUAUGCCUUUGUCAUGUACUGCAACAAGAACGAGGCCAAGCGCGCCGUGCGUGAGCUCAACAAUUACGAGAUCCGUCCAGGUCGCCUGCUCGGCGUGUGCUGCAGCGUGGACAACUGCCGCCUCUUCAUCGGGGGCAUCCCCAAGAUGAAGAAGCGGGAGGAGAUUCUGGAGGAGAUCGCCAAAGUCACCGAGGGCGUGCUGGACGUCAUCGUCUACGCCAGUGCGGCCGACAAGAUGAAGAACCGUGGCUUCGCCUUCGUGGAGUACGAGAGCCACCGCGCAGCCGCCAUGGCACGCCGCAAACUCAUGCCGGGCCGCAUCCAGCUAUGGGGCCACCAGAUUGCCGUGGACUGGGCCGAGCCGGAGAUCGACGUGGACGAGGACGUGAUGGAGACCGUGAAGAUCCUCUACGUGCGUAACCUCAUGAUCGAAACCACCGAGGACACCAUUAAGAAGAGCUUCGGCCAGUUCAACCCAGGCUGCGUGGAGCGCGUCAAGAAGAUCCGCGACUACGCCUUCGUGCACUUCACUAGCCGCGAGGAUGCCGUGCGCGCCAUGAACAACCUCAAUGGCACCGAGCUGGAGGGCUCGUGCCUGGAGGUCACGCUGGCCAAGCCCGUGGACAAGGAGCAGUACUCGCGCUACCAGAAGGCGGCCAAGGGCGGCGGUGUGUCUGAAGCGGCUGCACCACCACCCAGUUAUGUGUACUCAUGCGACCCCUACACACUGGCCUACUACGGUUAUCCCUACAAUGCCCUCAUAGGACCCAACAGAGACUACUUCGUGAAAGCAGGCAGCGUAAGAGGCCGAGGGCGAGGUGCAGCCGGCAACAGAGCCCCGGGGCCCAGGGGUUCCUACCUCGGGGGAUAUUCCGCUGGCCGUGGUAUCUAUAGCCGCUAUCACGAAGGGAAAGGAAAACUGCAAGAGAAAGCAUAUGAACUCGUGCCGAAUUUGGAAAUCUCUUCAGUCAACCCAGUUGCCAUUAAACCUGGUGCAGUGGCCAUCCCUGCCAUUGGGGCCCAGUAUUCCAUGUUUCAGGCAGCUCCGGCGCCUAAGAUGAUUGAAGACGGCAAAAUCCACACCAUGGAGCACAUGCUCAGCCCCAUCGCCGUGCAGCCUGACCCAGCCAGCGCCGCUGCUGCAGCCGCCGCAGCCGCCGCAGCCGUCAUUCCUGCCGUGUCCACACCACCGCCUUUUCAGGUAGAGAGCCUGCUCCAGGGUCGCCCGAUAACUCCAGUCUACACGGUGGCUCCAAACGUCCAGAGAAUCCCCGCUGCUGGGAUCUACGGGGCCAAUUACGUUCCGUUUGCUGCUCCGGCCACAGCCACGAUCGCCACACUACAGAAGAACGCGGCCGCCGUGUACGGAGGCUAUGCGGGCUACAUACCUCAGGCCUUCCCCGCUGCUGCUAUCCAGGUCCCCAUUCAUGACAUCUACCAGACGUACUGAGACUGCCGCAGCGAGCGCAGACCAGCCCACAAAGCUGCCACCACCAGAGGCCCACUGGUACUAUUUAUGAAGAAAGCCCAUGUUGGAGUAGCACAUGUGUGAAACCUGGAAGUGAAGAAUGUUAUCCAGAAAUAUUUUAUAUACAUGAAGUUGUCUUAAGACUGUCCAAGUCAGCAGGCCUGUGUUCAUGCAUUUCUAAGACUCGUACAUUGGUUCGUGCCUUAAUAACAACACCUUGGAAACUA